AGAUAGAUGCUUGCAUGCACUGACAUGAUUCCAAGAAGACAUAUAGACAGUAUUUACAUAUGAAUCUGUGUGUUCCUCACCACCCACACAUGUGAAUGGACGCCUGUUGAUACGCAGAUGCACUAAAGCCAGUUUUUCCAGAGCAAAACAAGGAUUACUUUUCCAUUGGUUAAAAAAGAGAAAAUGAUUCAACAACAUAACGCUAUGCAUUGUCUGGAAGGCAGGAGAUGGGACUGAAGGCCAAGGACUGGUAAGUCAUGCAGGGGAUGGCCUGCGUUUCUGCUCUCCUUCCCCUCGGCCUUCUCCAACCUCCAGGCCCCUCGGAGUCUCACAGGCUGCUUCCUGCAAAGGGAACGCUCAAAGCACAGGGCCCUGCAGAUGACACUCCUGCCUUUCAUAUCUUAAGAAGAGUCUGACUGAGAAGUUUGAGCUCUCACUGGACCUCCACGUGUUCAGAGGGAAGGGCAUUUUGAGCUCUGACUCUUGUGGCUCCGUUAAAUGAAAUGAUCACGGGCAUGGUAAGAGAUGAGCAGACUGAGGUAAUUGAAGCUAGCCCUAUGGGGUGUGCCCAAGGCUGCACAGCUAGUACGUGGCAGGGCUACAACUCAGAUCCAGCUCUUCUUCCACAAUUCAACUUACGGUGACCUUCUUGUCUCAGUUUGCCCAGGAUUUUUCCAUCUUUAGGACCAGGAGUUCUGUGUUCCAGGAACCCCCUCAGUCCCAGCAACCUGGGACAGUUGAUCACCUGAAGUCCGGGUCUCAUUCCGACAUGAAGGCCCGGUGUGCUUCCCUCUGUCUGAGUGCAGCGCUUAUCCUGUGCUCGGUGCACGCCCGAAGUCUCGGGAGAUGUCUGAUUUCCGUGGACAUGCGCCUUAUAGAAGAGAGUUUCAGAGAAAUCAAAAAAGACAUGCAAGCUAAGGACACCUUCCAAAAUGUCACCAUAUUGUCCACAUCGGAGACCCUGCAUGGCAUUAAGCCGUUGGACGUGUGCUGUGUGACAAAGAACCUCCUGGCGUUUUACGUGGACAGGGUGUUCAAGGACCAUCAGGAGCUGAACCCUCAAAUCUUGAGAAAAAUCAGCAGCAUUGCCAACUCUUUCCUCUACAUGCAGAAAACUCUGCAACAGUGUCAGGAGCAAAGGCUGUGUCGCUGCAGGCCGGAAGUCACCAAUGCCACCAGAAUCAUCCAUGACAACUACAAUCAGCUGGAGGUCCGAUCCGCUGCCAUUAAGUCUCUGGGAGAGCUGGACGUCUUUCUAGCCUGGAUUGACAAGAACCAUCAAGGAUCUUCAGCUGACUGACGACAAGGAACCUCAUUAGGCAGGGAGAACAGCCCCUGAGAGGUUCCCUCAGAUGCACCUGAUUUUGAAGGGGAGGGGCAUGGGGAGGGCCCUAUAUUUAUGCAAAUGAGGGUCUUUGGGCCGAAGCCGCUCAGCUGCUUUGGAAUUCUCUCUGCUAGGCUCAGGUGUGGUCAGGGACAAUCUAGGUUUGAGCUCACCCUGCAGCUGGAAAUCCCACUGGCUGGGCCCCGGCUGUCUGAUCCCACCUGAAAGUGAUCAAAUUAUUUACUCUUAUGUUUAUAAUGAAAUAUGUCUGUUGAAAGGUCCUGUGGGCCAUCUUGGCAGAAAGGGGCCGGCUUCCCCGCUAACUUAUUGUUGAGUUUAUCCCAUGUCUCUGAUGUGAGCUGAGUGAAAUGCUGUAGUGCAUAUUGUACUGAAUGA